UGAAUUCCUAGUGAUCGAAGUCCAAGACACAAAGGAUAAUAGCCUCAUGAGAAGACAUCAGUUUCCUAAGGAUUAUGUUCUUUAUUGAGGUAAAGGAACCAUGCUAAAUCAUGUAUGCUUUAUGUCUUGCCAAUGUAGCUUUGUUUGGAAAGGUACUUGUUUAGGUGGGGCCUGAAAUGCACCAGAGACUGUGCGUUCACUGUGCUUUCCUUCCUUCUCUUCCAAUACUCAAUCUUCAACCGCCACAUUGCUAUCGCUUCCUGCUCUCCAAAUUCAAAACUUCAAAGAUGUCACCCACGACCCUUCCUUCUGGCUGUUGUCUCUGUGGCAAAGAAUCUGGUCUCUUCAAGUGCGAUCAGUGUGAGCUGGUGCCAUACUGUAGCAGCGAACACCGGAUACUCCAUCUCCCAUGGCAUAAAAAUACUUGCAUGGCGAUAAAGAGGUCUUGCAUUCAUCUGGAGCAAACAAAGGAGGCGUUGAUCAACGAUGGUUAUGUCUUGCCUAUCGCCACCAAUCAAGUCUCGGCGUGGGCGCCACAGUACAUAGAAGCACGCCUGGAUUUGAUUAAGGCCAUGGCUGAGAUCAAGCAUGUUGAAUCAGUUCAGGCACAGCUUAAUCACUCCAUGGAUAUGUUCGAAUCAUGCGGCCCUGAAUUUGCGGGCUUAUGGGAGGGCAUCCCUGCCUUGAUGGCCCGUCUACACAAGGACCAGGAAUGCUACGAUUUCGUGAAAUGGUGGCAUACGGUCCGCGCAUCGAGCGGUAAUAUUAAUGCCCUCUCAAGAUUGAUGUCUUGUAAGAUCAAGAACGCUGAUCCUUUCGAACGCCUUGACAACUUCGGUGCCGGGUUUGUCAAUUCUAGCUACAUGAUCGUUUUAACUCUCCUGAAAGUGAAAUUCUUGUUGGACUUAAGGAGGAUUGAUCAAGUGGUAUUCGCGCUUGGCGCUACAUUUCCUCGUGAGAUCCUAGAUCUGAUUCUGUCAUUCGUACCUUGGAGUCCGGUCGUUGCUGCGAACCGCAGGGCCCUAGAUGAUGAAGUGCGCAGUGAGCUAAUUUACGAGUUAGAGGAGCAAGCCAACAGUUUGUUUGAGCAACUUCAGAGGAGGGCUCCUGUUUUAUGGCGGAAGUUUGUGUGUCAAAAAGAUGAUCUCGAUGCGAUGUACAGCGAGAGCCCUACGCCACGGUACAUGGUGGAGAGAGUGAACAAAUAUCUGACGCUCACUCAUACGGCAUGGAUAGAGACACCAGGCGCGAUCGAUAUUCUCAACUCGAAACUCGUAAACACCAUUCGUAGCUAAAUUCAUGGCUCUAUGAGCUUUAUGUGGCCAAGUACAUCACAGAUCGCGAUGUAUUAUUAGGAUAAUACCUCACCCUGGUUAUCAUUCGUGUAUUGACUUCAUCUGGGUAUUGC